AACCAAACAUAUUAACACUAGACCAGACUAGCCUUGUCUGUCUUCAUUACCGAAACCUUUCAAAUCCCAUCUGCUCUCUUCUCAGUUCUCACUGGAUGCACUGCACUGAAAAUCCCUAAAUGUUAGUGUUCAAAGUUUCCUCCUUUUUGUUAGAUAUCUACUUGCGUUGUCAAUUGCGUUUCCCCCUGUUUGUGACAAGAUGGAUCACAUUAGCAAUCUACCAGACGGGGUUCUUUGUCAUAUCUUGUCUUUCCUUACGACAAAGGAGGCUGCUUUGACAUCGAUUCUCGCCAAGAGGUGGCUCAACCUUGUCGCGUUUGUACCUUGUCUUACUAUCGAUGACACUGUGUUCCUGCAUCCUGAAAAGGGUAAGCGGGAUAGGGAAGACAUGAGACAGAGCUUCAUGAACUUUGUGGAGAGAGUUUUGGCGUUGCAGAUUAAGUUUCCCCUAAAGAGAUUCUCCCUCAACUGUUUUACUGUGGUUGAUAUGGAUCGUGUGGAUGGUUGGAUUAGCAGUGUGUUAGCUCGUGGUGUUUCGGAUCUUGAUCUACAGAUCAUCAACAACGAAGAAUUUUAUCAGCUGUCUCCAAAAUGGUUUGAGUGCAGCACACUAGUUAGUCUGAAAAUAAGCUUUGGGAUUGAUAUUGGUUGGGUUGCUGGUAGCGUUUCCUUACCGCUGCUUAAAACGCUGGUUCUUGACUGGGUUAUGGUUUCUCCUACCGACUUUGUGACUCUGCUUCAUGCUCUGCCUUCUCUUGACGAAUUAGUUCUGGUUGAUGUAAUGUGGAAAGAUAUGGAGGAUGUCACAGUGUCAAGUGCAAGCCUCAAGACCCUAACAAUAAAGUUAAAUGAAUGGUUAUACGCAUUAUCAUUUGAUACACCAAGUCUUGUUCACUUUGAGUACUCUGGUUUAGUUGCAUUAGACUAUCCAGUAGUUAAUAUGGGAAACUUGGUUGAUGCUCAAAUCAACUUUAGUGAAAUCCAUAUCAAGCAACUUGGAGAACCAGAUAAUCCCGAAGAUGCUCUUCGUUUUAGCAAUGUGUCGAAACUCUUUCUUGGCAUGCGAAAUGUUCCGAAUCUUAGCUUGCUUCCUAUUACUCUUCAGGUCAGGUUUCUAAUUCAGUUCCUGGAGCAUAUGAACAAGAGAAGAUCUAGUUUUGAAACAUUGAUUCCAAAAAUGUUUUGUUUUGUUUUGUCUUGUCUUGUCUUGCUUUCAGGGGCUUUCUAUGUUGAUAUUCGUGUUUACGCACACCAAUUAACCUAAUGUGCACACUACCACAAUCGAAUGGUAUGUCGAUGUAGCACUUUAGGAUCGAA